AUGCUCAUUGUCAAGAGCACCCCGGUCGGCCGCCCCCUCCCUGAUCUCCAGCGUGACGUCAAGGAUGUCAUGAUGGAGGCUGGCGUUGCAAGUGCCGUCCUUGAAGUGCUCACGCAGCACUGGCGGCCGAUGUCGCGCGUUGGUCUGCCGCUCAAAACGUGGGCCAUGUGUUUCCCCGACUCGGACAUGGGAAGCCUCUGCGCCGGGGAGCGUUUUCUUGGGGACUAUGCGGAUAAGCUAGCGCGUCUUGGACUUGUUGUCGAGAGGUUCAGCUCAGCGCAGUCGGGAGGCGGGGGGAGCGGAUUCGCCGCUGGGGCGAACACAUUUGGGGUGGGGGUUGGAGCCUCCGCAACUCGGGCGGUCCAGGCAGCUACUGCCGCCACGGGGCAUGCGGCGCUAGAUGGGGGACGCG